AUGGCCACAGGAGGAACCGCGGAAUCUGACGGGGUGCUGCUACGCGUGCGAACCGACCCAUCCAAUCGAGUCAAAGACGAAACAAUGGAGUACGGCGCUGGGGAUUCCUGGCUGGGUAGGUCGUAUUCGGUGCAGGUGGGACGCGGCAGCCAUGCAGACUCAGGGGAAGCAGCGGAAGCAGCGGAAGCAGCGGGAGCAGGGGGAGUGGGGGGAGCAGGGGGAGCAGGGGGAGCAGGCGGAAGGAGGCGGCGGUCGGAGAGUUCCCUGGGAGUAAACAUCGCAGCGCUGGAUAAGGCGUUGGACCGAGUCAUGUCCAUGCCGUGGCGCGGCGAGAAGAAGGCGGGCGACGGCGACGGAGGCUUGGGAUUGGGAGCCGCUUGGCAGGAGAAAGCGGUGAAUAACGGGAAGCAUGUGUUGGGUAGGGCGCGUUCGCAUGGAAACGGGGAGGGGAGUUCCGUUCUUGCUGCCGCUGCGGCGGCCGUUGCUGCCGUCCGCGGUGACGGUUACGCGGUGCCGUUUAGUGCCGGUGUCUCAGGUUUGCCGUUAAACAAGUGCGGUCAGGACGCGACGAAUAAGGAGCGGUGUGCGGAGGUGGAAGUGGGUACGGAUGGGCGGCGGGACGCAGGCGAUGCUGCUGUAGCAGGCGACCCCUCGUGGCAAGUUGAUUUACGGCGAGUGACUAUAAAGAAGGAGAUUUUCAGGGGCGCGUACAGCACGGUGUAUAAGGGCACAUUCAGGGACAUGGAUGUUGCCGUGAAGGCCAUCGACUGGGGCGAAGCGGGGUCGUUCUCGCCGGUGCUGCGCGCCAAGCAGAGAGCCGCGCUGCUGCGCCAGGUGCACGUGUGGCGGGGCCUCAAGCACCCCUACGUGACUCAGCUGGUGCCAGCGAGUGUGUCAGCGGACCAUACCCGCUGCACCACUCCCCGCGGUGUGGACGCGCGCUUGAGGAGCGUGGCGUGGUGCCUCAUAAUGGAGUAUGUGGGCGACCUGACUGUCAAGGAAUAUCUGGCGCGCGCUGCCAGGGAGAGGAGAAGGGGGGUGUGGGGCAUGGCGUGGUGCCUUAUCAUGGACAAGCGUGUCGGCGGACGCUUCCCGCUGCACCACUCCGCGCGGUGUGGACGCGCGGUUAAGGGGCGUGGCGGGGUGUCUUAUAAUGGAAUACGUGGGCGACCUGACGCUCAAAGAGUAUCUGGCGCGUGCCGCCAGGGAGCGCCGCAAGCUGCCGCUGCAUAUGGUGGUGGAGCUGGCUUUGCAACUCGCCAAGGGGUGAGUGAAGGGAGGGAGGGAGGGAGGGAGGGGGCUGAGGGGCGUGGCGGGGUGUCUUAUAAUGGAAUACGUGGGCGACCUGGCGCUCAAGGAGUAUCUGGCGCGCGCUGCCAGGGAGAGGAGGAAGCUGCCUCUGCAUAUGGUGGUGGAGCUCGCCUUGCAGCUUGCCAAGGGGUGAGUGGGAAAAAAGGGAGGCGGGGAGGGGGAGAUAUGGGGGGAGUGUGGUCGAAGUGUGUUUCACUUGAGUUCGUGGGCGACCUGACGCUCAAGGAGUAUGUUGCUCGCUCGCGCUGCCGGGGAGAGGAGGAAGCUGCCUCUGCAUAUGGUGGUGGAGUUGGCAUUGCAACUCGCCAAGGGGUGAGUGAGGGAGGGGGAAGUGCGGAGCGAGUUCUGGCCUACAUCCACAGCAGUAGCAUGGUACACGGGGACGUGUGUCCUCCUGACAACCUGCUGCUCAUGUCCUUUCCCCUGUUCACCCGGACCCUCACACCAACAACCACAAACCCCAACCCCUUCCCCCCCGCAGUCUGGCCUACAUCCACAGCAGUAGCAUGGUCCACGGGGACGUGUGCCCCAACAACCUGCUUUCCCUAUUCACCCCUAACCCCACUCCCACACCCCUGGUACCUCUCCUCUUCCUCCCCAGUCUCGCCUUCAUCCACAGCAGCGGCGGCGAUUUGUGCCCGGCCAGCGUCCUCCUCACCUCCUAACCCUUUUCUCGCUCAUCCCCUCACCCUCCCCACACUCACACACCAGUCUGGCCUACAUCCACAGCAGCGGCGUGGUGCAUGGGGUGGGGACGUGUGCCCUGAUAACCUCACGGAUCGCAGGCGCCUCAAGAUCGCUGGCUUUGGCGUCGCUUGCUUCCUCCCCAUCCCCCCCUUCCCAUCCCCCCUCCUCCCCCCACCGUCCUUUCUCAUCCCUCAUUUGCCCCUCAGUCUGGCCUACAUCCACAGCAGCGGCGUGGUGCACGGCGAUUUGUGUCCCGACAGAUCGCCCCUUUCACCCCCAACCCCACACCCACACACACUCCAGCGCGUCAAGAUCGCCGGCUUUGGCGUCGCUCGCUUUGAGGCUGACUGCAAGGCGCGUGGGCGCGCGGGCACACAGUGCACGGAUAGCUCUGGGGCUUCUGGGGUCGGCUCUGGUUGCCCCAAGCAAACUGUGGCCGCUGGGAGCGAGGGGGGGACAGCGGCAGGGGGAGGGGCGGGGGCAGGGAUAGCUAUGCUGAAGCUGGGGGCAGGGUUAGGGGUCAAUGGAGGGGCAGAGGUGGCUGUAGCAGAGGCAGGUGCGGGGAGAAGGGCGGGUGAGGAGGAAUCUGCUCAGGCGCAGCAGCAAAGUGAGGAGAGGCCUGGGGUAGGGCGGCAUGUGGAGGUCGGCAGAGGCGAGGCAGGAGAGACGGGAGAGGCAGGAGGUGCAGUAAGGGAAGGAGGGGUAGGAGGGGCAGGAGGGACAGGAGGAGCAGGAAGGGGAGAGGAAGCAGAGGAGGGUGUGGUGGGAGGGGGUGGGGAACGAGGGGAGGCAGGGGGAGCGCAGCAGGAAGGGGGGUGGUUGCCGCAUGACGCCAGUGGAGAGACGGGGUCCGUGGGAUACAUGGCUCCUGAGGUGCUUGCUGGGCUGCCAUACGACCGCCGUGCUGACGUGUACAGCUUUGGCAUCUGCCUGUGGGAGCUGCUGACGUGUGAAACCCCGUUUGACUCGUUUGACUUCAGCGAGAUGGCUUCUGCUAUCAGUGAAGGAGAGCGCCCCAUCCUCCCUCACAAGUGUCCUUCUGACUUGGCGCAUGUCAUGUGGGACGUGCGCCCCAUCCUCCCUCACAUGUGCCCUUCUGACUUGGCGCGAGUCAUGCAGUGCUGCUGGGAGGGCCCUUGUUCCCUCCCCACCCCUUCCCUUUCCUCCCCUUUUCUCCCCAUUCCCCCCCGCACCCCAUGCUGCCCCACAAGUGCCCCCUUGACCUCGCACGAGUCGGUGUGCGCCCCAUCCUGCCCCACAAGUGCCCUCUUGACUUGGCACGAGUCAUGCGGUGCUGCUGGGAGGGCGCCUCUGCUGCGCGCCCCUCCAUGCCGCAAGUCAUUGCCAUGCUUGACAAGAUUUAAGGAAAAUCUAAGAGCUGCAGCCAUGGCGGAAGCAAAGGCCUGCACCGUGCGGACGCGCAAGUUUAUGACCAACCGUCUGCUGCAGCGGAAGCAGUUUAUCAUCGACGUGCUUCACCCCGGCAAGGCCAACGUGUCCAAGUCGGAGCUGAAGGAGAAGCUGGGCGCGAUCUACGAGAAGAGCGACCUGUCGUGCAUCUUCGUGUUCGGCUUCCGCACGCAGUUCGGCGGCGGCAAGUCCACGGGCUUCGGACUUAUCUAUGACAAUCUCGAGGCCGCCAAGAAGUUCGAGCCCAAAUACCGCCUCGUCAGGAACGGCCUGGAGGAGAAGAGGAACAAGGAGAGCCGCAAGCUGAUGAAGGAGAGGAGGACAAGAGCCAAGAAGGUCCGCGGUGUCAAGAAGACCAAGGCUGCUGCUGCUGAGAAAAAGAAGUAA